AUGGAAGUCGCCUCAAAGUAAGUGCAUGCAUAUGUUCGAUUCUUUAUCAUUUUGUUAUAGCAUACAGGGUGUAUAAAAAAAAGGAGACCUUUAGAAAUCAAGCGUAUUGUUAAAAUUUGAAUGCCAUUUCAAUUGCACAUAUGCUGAACUGUGGUGCGUGAAAUAUUGAUGGAGUGCAUAUAUUAGAAAAAGGAGACCUUUAGAAAUCAACCAUUGUUAUAAUUUGAAUCCUGGAGCACUUUGCUAAGCACAUAGCAGAUUGAUCCCAGGAGCAGACAAUCUUUUGUUUAAACGUUAUUUCAAAUUCUAAAGGUCUCCUUUUUCUAAUAUAUGCAUCCAUCAAUAUUUCACGCACUACGGUUCAGCAUAUGUGCAAUUGAAAAGGCAUUCAAAUUUUAAGAAUAUGCUUGAUUUCUAAAGGUCUCCUUUUUUUUUAUACACCCUGUACAGUAGUUAAUAGAAAUAUACAUGGUUAGGAAAGCCGGUAAACUUCAAAGAAUUUCCUAUUCAAACUUCAACUUGUGUUGAAAUGUAAUUCCGAGUGCACACAUCUUUUGUCUUGCGUUUAUUAAUAUUCAAAUAUUACGGUUCAGCGAUUGAAACUAUAAGGUUUUUAUUGGGUAAUCGCCUCAUUAUACAGAAUCCGAGUGCACAAAUUUCCAUAAACUUGGACAAAAACAUAUAACAAUGACUUUUGUUAAGCUUCCAAACAAUGUUUAUUUUCUACUAACUAUGGUUAUAGCUACUGUUGAUUAAUUGAUCGUGCAUCAUGUUAUUUAAUUAUUUUUUGUUUUAGGUACUAUUGUCUCGCUACCGCUUCAGUAAGUAGAUAUACAACUAAUAUAACCGUUAUCUUCUUCUUAUAUAAACUUUCUAUAGUCAUGCAGUAAAAUGAACACAGUUUAGAAAAAUUGUGUCAAAAUAUGUUUAUGAUACUUUUCAGGCACUUCUUAAAUAUGUUGAAUUUAUUCAAAACAUUGUUUACGCACCUGGAUCUUUAAAGAUUGUAUUUAAAGGAAGCGAACAAACUACGAUGAUAGGUAUUGUACUCUUCAGUAGAUUAAUAUCAUACGUUUAAUAACUUGUCGUUUCUGUAACGCAAAUUUACAUGUGGAUAUAUUGCAUGGAUGCCGGAACCACGGGUGCAGCGGGUGCAAGUGCACCCCUCGCCUUUUGCAUUUUCAACUUUGUGGGUGCAGUGCGGGUGUAGAAUAUGGGUGCAACGGGUGCACAAAACUUGUACAACAGACAGAAUUAAACGUCACUCGAGGAUGUGUGUGGGGGUGUUCCACGCCCCAGUCGUCAGGAAUUCGGCAAAGUUAUUAUCCAUUAGGCGAAAGGUGAAACGGAAAGCAAAGAAACGAGAAAUUACGGAGGAAUUGUGGCUAAAUCAUUGUAUUCGGUCCGAAAAAAUUUGGUGACGGGGAGGAAGGUCGACACGAAUGUAGGAUCAUGACGCCCUUUCAUUUUCAUUGGUGCCCUUUUGUUAAGGAGUAUGCCCUCUUGUUAACCAAUUGCACCCCUUGCCCUCAGCAACUUCCGGCAUCCCUGGAUAUAUGAUCAAAUUCGCUUUACAUCAAGUGUUAUUCUACAAGCUUACCUAAUUACAUACUUAGCCUAGACUAUUUAUAAUUAAAACAAUUGUGAUAUUACUUUUUAACUUAUUUCUUUUAUACUAUUCAAAUAUAAUGCUUUAAUCUAUUUUUUUUCUUUUUUUUCUUAGAUGCAGCUACAGCACGGAACCUGGAGUUAAUAUUGAAUGCUCGGAAUUUUGGAAGUGAUCACUGUCUGUAUGGUGUGAUAAACCAUACUAAAACUGCCGCAGGAGGUAAAGUUGUUGUUUCACUAAUUAUACCAAAAUAUCAUAUGUUUCAUGCCAAAAUCACAAAACUUGGGAGGACCAAGAGGAGUCGCGAAGAUAUGAAAACUCAUCAAUAAUGACACUCGUCAUCCAUUGAGGCAUCACUGAUCAUUGAUGGAAAUGAUAUCCACCAAAAGCAGGAAGAUGAUGUUAUUUUCAACUUGGCACUAAUCUUCCGUUGUCUCAUUGAGCGAUUCCCUUUCACCUAUUAUAUCAGCAAUCACCGACGGAAAUAAUAAAGCUUGAAAUAGAUAUGCGCACUAAAUCGUUGCUAUUUUAUUACACAAAUAAUCUAUUUAUCUAAAAACUCUUGACAUAUUUUGUUAAUAUAACAUAUUAAUAUUUUUCAGCUCGUUUGUUAAGAUCUAAUAUACUGCAGCCACCAUCAGGUAGGAAUACACCACAAUGAUUAUUCAAAUCAUGGAUGUUUACGACUGUACUUUGAGUUAACCAUAAAAAGAGUUGAGCAAGUAAGUAAGUAUAAGUAAAGUAAGAACUUUUUUAAAUUCCAGGAAGCUUUCUCACUCAAUGUGAUUUUCCCUUUGGGAAAGGAACUAUUAUUAACAUCCUAAUUUAUAAAAUCGAAUACUAUAGAUCUUGAAAAUACAACAAUCUGGAUGCAAAUAUUUAUUACAUAAAUCUAUUUAGUGAAAACAUAAAUCUAUUUAGUGAGUUUGGAGCUGGAACCUCCUCAUCCAAAGAGUUUCAAUCAACUUAUACUUAGGAUUCAAGAACGUGUUUACUUUUUUGCCUGUAAACGUAAAGUAAAAAAUAUAGUUUAUAUUACUAUCAUAUAAAUAAUACAUGCGUACUCUAUUUAGAUGUUGGAACAAUCAACACUAGACUUGACUGUGUUGCUGAACUUCUUGAAAAGGAGGUAAACUUAUUUGAUUAUUAAUUAUUAUUAACCGAACGCGAGGUCUGCAAAGAGAAAGAGUCCAUAGGGCGAAUUUUGUUCAAAAAGACCGAGGUCCGAUAUUUCUCUGUACAUACCGAGCAAGCGAGGUUAAUAAAAGUUUAUUAUAUGGCAUUUAUAGCCUAUGCAUUUAUGCCUGAAACAAGAAAUGCAUGAUUUGAAAUGCAUAUUAGUAGCGUGGUACAGUACACAUUUGGUCGAAGAAAAAAAAUACCAAUGUAUUCCUUUUUUCCACUAAAAACCAUUCGCAGAUAUCUUAUUAAUUAAGAAAUUAAAUUAUAAUUUUCAAUUUUUGCGUUUGUUUUUACGUAAUAAUAGAGAGUUUAAGCUUCACGUUGUACGGCAAACGGCUAACGCCAGGCAAAGAAAAAUUUUACGGUGUCAGGCAAUAAAGAAUAAAUGAACUUACUGUUUUAAAACUGCAAUGCAUGACUAUUCUUUCGACACAAGAAAGAAAAUAUGAGGCGAAAACGGUUAACGAAAAUUUUGCGAAGAAAGUUCGAACCUGCCGUUCACGGAAACGCGAAGCUUAAACUCCCUAUAAUGACCGCCGGUCCAUUACGGGAAAAUAAUGGACCGCUGAGAGUGGCCUCAGAAUCUCAGCCAAUCACAGACCGCGAUUUCACCGGAAGUGAUGCAUGCCAUAUAAUAAGAAUUAAUAAUGAUUUCUAUCACACAAUAUAAUUGCUGACAAUAAAAGUUGGAACACACGUGAACGCAAGAGAAUUAUGAUAAAAACACUCGAUAUAUGAUCAAAAACAUACAAAUGGUAUAACAUUAUAUUCAUAUACUGUACCAGGUGAAUCAUGUGCGUGAAUGCACGAAAUUUGUUACUAAAAUCAUUUGUAACUUUUUAAUAAAAAACAUCUCGAGCCCAGUCGUCGAAGCCAGUCCUCAUGUGAAAAGAGUAAAAGUCAACGCUCUGCCGAAAGUCGUGGGUUUUUUCCGGGUACUCCGGUUUCCUACCCCAGGGAAAGUUGACAGGGUGGGUUAGGUAAAAAGGCCCAUAGUAAUUGGCAUAUGCUGUUGUGGUGACCCUGCCCUAGAUGGCCAAGCUAAAUAAAUAAAUAAACAGAAAUAUUUUUUAUCUUUUCUCUGUUUCAUUUAUUUUAGGAAGAAUUUUACACAUUGCAGUCAGGUAUUUGUACUACAGUAUAUGGAUACAAUUUAUUACAGCAGUCACACAUGCAAGGGUCUCAAAAAUGUCGUGCUUUGUAUUCGUUUGUCAUUAUAGAGUGUUCGUGCGACGAAAUAUAACUGAAUAUCACACCAUUUUUAAUAUGAUCGUAUUGUAAAGAAAACUCAAAAUGACCAAAUAACAUACUUUGGCAAAUUCUCUUAGCUGGCUUUGGUUUUGAGAUAUUUAUAUGAUAAAUUGAUAUGCAAAUUAAUUUCCCUUUUAUGACGUCACAUUGAAUAAUGACUUUCUGCAAAGGCUACAUGAUCUUGGAUUGUCGGGCAUCAAAAUUAAUGAAUAUGCGGUUAGGCCCAUGUACACGAUAUACGCGACCAGUUGUAUACAAUUUGAAAAUCUUGUGUUUGAAAACGACUGCUGACGCUGCUGUUCAUUUUGAAAUGCGACAUAUAUUUUUGCAUGCAUUUAUCAGAGUGCAUACACCAGAAUGAGAUUCGUAUACGACUAGUCGUAUUGUGUAGAUGGACCUUUAUAUUAACCUACUGCAAAUAUAAGUAAAGUAUAUAGUUAUAUAUUUCUGAUGUAUGUUUUUUAUACUUUUCCGUAGUUCUUGCAAGAUUUUUGGAUAUUGAUCACAUCACAUCAAUGUGCAUUCAAGUGCCAAAGACAGAGACAGUGAAAACUGCUGAAUCAAAAAUAACUAACGUGAUUUACCUCAAACAUACAUUGGAACUGGUUGAUCCACUUCGAGAAGCACUAAAGAAUAGCAAGAAUGCACUUUUCACUGCAUAUUACGAG